ACCGAGGGAGGCAGGUCCUGGCGGCGCAGCCCCGCGGCAGCUCGCUCGUCCCGGAGGCGGCCGAGCGGAAACCCGCCUCUGAUCGCCCGGCAGCCGGGAGAAACCCCAGCCCGUGCGGGGGGAGAUGCGCGUAACCCUUCCAAAUAGCAGCCGCCGCCGCCGCAGCAGCAGCACCAGGCAUCCUAAUUAACAAUAAGCUCAUACCCAGUCACCCCCGGCAAGCACUUUCCCAUGCACGCUGACCUGGCGCUGGCAGCUAAUUAGGCUGCAGCCGACAGUUUCUCCUGCGGUGCUAGAGUGCAGGUCGCUUAAGCCAUGGGGAAUGGGAUGAACAAGAAAACCCAAUCAACUACAAUGACCUUGUCCUGAGGAAGUCAUGAGUCCAGAGCACCAAUUGAUACUACGGCAGCUAGAUGUAACGUUGGGAUUCUGCCUGGCUUGUUCAUUGGCAACUUUAAAGAUGCCCGAGAUGUAGAGCAAUUGAGUAAGAAUAACAUUACGCACAUUCUUUCAAUCCAUGACAGUGCCCGCCCUAUGCUUGAGGGCAAGGCAUUUCAGAGAGAGCAUCAAAUUUAUCCAUGAAUGCCGGCUUACAGGUGAAGGCUGUCUAGUUCAUUGCCUUGCAGGUGUCUCCAGGAGUGUAACGUUGGUUGUUGCAUACAUCAUGACCAUCACAGACUUUGGUUGGGAAGAUGCACUGUCUGUUGUUCGAGCAGCGAGAUCCUGCGCCAAUCCUAACAUGGGCUUCCAGAGGCAGCUACAGGAGUUUGAAAAACAUGAUGUUGAUCAGUUCAGGCAAUGGUUGAAAGAAGAAUAUGGGGAAAAUUCUUCUCAGGAUCUACAAGAAGCCAAAAAUCUUCUGAGCAAAUACAGAGAGCAGGCAGAGUUGCAGCAAAGUACUGGAGGAAGACAGUGGAAUAACAACUUCUCGUCUGUGCCAUCCCUCUCGUACAACAACUACACAACAGAGACCUAACCAUAAAAAGAUGAAUUUCUUUUUUCCUCUACCUGUUGAAAAACAUCUCACUGUAACUUCCAUCCCAUCUUUGAGAUUCCCAGCAGUAAUCAUGCAAACAGUUGAUUUGUAGAAAGCUUCUUGAUGACAAUACUACAUUAAGUGUGUGUGUGUGUGUGUGUGUGUGAAUGCAUUUGAUACCAUUGUAUAGUUUGGGCAGCAUCAAGCUCUGUGCUCAGAAACAUGAUCAAGUUACUGAGGCUGAGCCAGUCUGUCAGCCACAGCUAUUAUCUCCAUAUGCCUAUGUAGCCUGGCAUUUGCCAUGAGGUUAGCUCAGCUCCUUUUGUUGUAGGCUACCAAAAGGCUCUGAGAGAUGAACUCUGGUGAUUAAAGCUGUGGCUAUUUGACAUUUCUGCUCAGUUCAUGAAGGUGUUAUCGUACCUGAAGAAAGGAACUUAAAUCUGUGCCUCUGCUGCUCCAAUUCAUCAUCCAUUGGCAAGUAAUAUCCUGGAGAUGGGCUUGUACCUAAAUGCUAUGCUCUAAACUGCAGCAGGUGAGAUAUGGGUGCAUGUCCCUUUCUACCAACAGUAGCAUCUAGGGCAGAAGUGGGACAGACAGCUCUGAGUAAUAAUAUCUUCAACUGCCACAGUUGUACUUGCUUCAGUGCACGUGAGACAGCUGUUGGUAGAACUGGCGCAGACGGAGAGCACCGAGACUGUUAGCACAGCUCAGCUCAUGUGCACUGAUUUAAGCCCUGGCCACUUGAUUGUGCAUCUGGUCUCCCAACAUAAACUUCUCUGGAGAGAAGUUUUUCAGGUUUCCAGUGCCACUGACCUGCAUUCCCUGUGGAACGCGUGCCUCUUCAACACACACCUGUGUGCACACGAUAACGUGUCUCCAAAGAGUGGGCUGGGUGUGAGUGUGAGCACCUGUUUCUUUGCUUGUCCUGUGGUUUGCUCUUUAACUUUAGCUACCUCAAAAAUGCUGUUCUUGUCAUUGUGGUUUUAAAUGCAACCUUGAAAAUUGCCUUGUAUAAUCUUAAUUUCACUCUGAGUGAAGUAAGUGUCUGUGUGAGAGGGUAUGUGUGUGUAUGUGCAUGUAUAUUUCACAGACAUCUGUAUCUGAGAAGUUUGUUGUUUUCUUUUAAAACUGUCCAUAUUUCUCACUAGUUUAAAAAUUCAGGUGUUUGAAUUUAACUUUCUGCUAUUUUAAAACCACUAUAUGUUUUGCUGUGGUCACAUUUAUAGGAAUUCAUUUGUAAAAUGUAUUUUAAACUAAGGUAAAACUAGGGGCCAUAUUCUGCUCUUGGUAACAUGAUGUAUAUCUGGAAUGGAGCCAUCGAGGGACUUUAAUGUUUCUAAGACUAACUUCGAACUAGAGAUGCUGGGCAGUGUAUUGAUUUCUGACGGUGUAAUGGAGAGUAGCAUUGAUGCCAUGGUGUUGGUUUAUUGUCUUUGACUCAGAGGUUAAAGGGUUUGCUUUUCUCAAAGUUUGAAAAAGUUAUCUCCCAAACAGCCAUGUUAGUUUUUUUUUUUAAAAAAAUCUAACUUUUAAAAAUAUAUGAUAUAUAUAUAUAUAGUGUUAAAACCUGAGUAUUGAGAAUGAGAGGCAGUCAGUACACUAAACAGACUGUUGUCAUUUCUUUCAGUAUCUUUGGUACUCUGACCUCCCACCCUUUUACCAAAUUCCUCUUCAUGUGAUUUUUUUUCCUGCUUGCUUUGAAUGACAGUGAAUUUUUUGAAUGGGAGUAAGGCUUUCGGGGUCAAAUAAGCCCUGGCCUUAUUAAAAAUCUUCUAAAAAAUAUUUUAUUUCAUAGGAAAUACAGAUCUUACAAAUCUAUUAUUGCCAAAACGAAAAAAAAGGGGGGGGGUGAUGGGGUGGAACUAGCCUUACUACUUUAUCCAAGUCCUAGCUCCAUCAUAAUUCUCAGUGCAGUAAGUGCUUUAAGUGUAUUGAACACAGUUGAGAGCAGAAUAAUUAUGUAUGUGUUGUGGGAAGGGAUAUUAUUGGACUUGAGAAAGGUGCUGGAAGUUGCAUUGUGUUUGUUUCCAAGCUUAUAGCUAAAUGAAUCACUGCCUAUUUUGGAUAUCCAGCAAACAUGCUCUGUGUUUGUUUGGUAAGAGAAGAAUUUGAAGUAUUUGGCUUUUUUCUUCUCUCUCUCUCUCUCUCUCUCUUUUUUUUUUUUCCCCCCUCCUUUCCCCUCUGGAAGAUGUUCGUCUGCCAAUAAUUGACUUUUUAGGAGUUUCAGCACAGCAGUGCCCAGAUUGGCAGUGCCUUCUGUGUUUUGAGGAGAAGGUAGGUCACUAGCUUUUGUGGACACAAGUAGAAAAUACUUUCUUCGGUAACAGGGUCUGACACAUGGAUUCACGAUCCUGUGUCAUCAAAUUCAGGAUGUUGGUCUCUCUUUUCAACUCUGUCCUCAUGAUAGGAUACAUGGUAUAAUUUCAGCCUGUGCCCCAAAAGUAGCUGCUAGAAGUAUUCUGCCAAUGCCCUUGUAGAUAUCCAGUCAGGCCAUCCUGUUGCUGACUGCUGCUGCUGAUAGGUAGUCCCUAACAUUUUUGUCGGUCGUCUUCUGUCCUUGCAGUACUAAUGUUGUGAGUGCUGAUAAGUUAUCAAUUACUUUUUUUCCAUUCUGACAAAUACAAGACAGAAUGUGAGACAUCUGUUACUGUUCAUGUGUCUAAGAUUGUUCCCUACUGGAUCUUUUUUAAUAGAUAGAUUAUCCCCAAAGAGUUGCUCCCAGAAAUGGGCUUUAAGGCUAUACAGCCACAUCAACAAUGUGCAUUUCGCUGCAAUUAGGGCAGAUACAGGGUAAGCCGAGAAGACAGAGAGGUGCCAUAUUGUCAGCAAGUAGAAAUGCUUCCCUUUUUAAAGACAAGAGAAGGUAUUUGCUGUAGUCACUUGCUCCUAGAUCUUAUUUAGUGGGCUAUAUAUAGUAUGUACCACAUUCGAGAGUGGUAACAGACCAACAGCAGUCUAAGAAAACUCGGACCUAGUUUGUCUGUAGUCCUGCCCUGUAGGGAGCAGGAAAAUAGUUUGCUCCUUUAGCACCUUAAGCUGCAGAAGAAACAGCAGCCACAGUUCUCACCUUAGUCUCCUAGAAAAGGAGAGGAACUAACAUUGCCGAAGAACAUGACAUGAUCUGUCUUCCAACCAGCCUUUCAUUGGCAGUUUGUAGGACUUUUCAGCUAUCUGGAAUAUGACUAGACCCCCAGUCCACAGGCCGAUAUAGUAUAGAUGAUGUGUUCAGUUAUUUUGUGUGUCUGUACCUUAAAACACUGUCCUUAUUUUGAUGUCCACUGGAAAAUGUAUAAAGUUUAUAAUACCUUAUUGGAUAUCCAUAUUUGAAAUGUAUAAUCAAUUUUUUGUAAACUUGAUAUCCGUGUGUGAUUAUAAGCAAAUCCUUUAGUGUUAUACUAUGUAGGUAAUGGGUAAAUGCAUUAGUAUUUAUUACUCUGAUUUUUAACCUGGAAAGAGUUGCUUCCUUACAUUUUGUGGUUGAUUGGGAAGAUAUGGCAAGUCAUAUCUCUUUGUAUUAAAAAAAAAAAAAAAAAAAAAAAAAAAAAGCUAUAAUGGUCACUGUCUAUAAAUAGGUCAGUGAAAAAUUAUAGUAAUUCAGCUAAUUUAAAAACUAAAUCUGGUAAGCUUCUGGAUUCUGUCUUCCUCUUCCUGGGCAUCUUAGUGAAGCCUUGAUUGCUUUUUCCAAAUGUUUGUAUUUAAUACAUUCUACAUUUUUUUUAAUAAAUAAAAAUAAAUGUUAGUGUCUAA